GCUGCACCGGGAACUGCAAGGUCCGUACUGAUUUAAUUUCGUUCAGCAGGUCCGAACGUCUUAAUUCGGAUGUACAUACAUGGCAUAGAUUUAGCUGCUUUUGACUUGUUCGAAAUAUCGUCGAGGUUUGUGGACGGUCAUUACUCAUUUUCCUUGAAAAUUGACAUUGAUUUUUGUUUUUCGCGUCAGGUACUAGCUGCCCAAGCGUCCCCGCGGACGAAGCAAAGAAAACCUGAUCAUACCUUCACCUGGACUAGUACAUCAUGGCCCUGGCGGUGAUCAAGAAGAUUCGGUACGCGAUCGUGGCGUUGUUUGCCGGUGCGGCGAGUGGUCUGUUGCCGCCACAGGAGACGGAGUUUGCCGAUGAGAAUGCUACCCCCCCACCCCGAUCAACAUGAUAGCUUGAGCCGCACCGCCUCCCGGAGUGUCUCUAUUACCGGCUCCGGGGACCUUUCGUCAGAAGCGGCGCAACAAGGGGGAGCGGCGCAUCUGCAGCUUCUGCAGCAAGAAAGUUCCGUCAUCAACGGGGGGCCCGUCUAUGGAUGCGACAUCACAUGCAGUUGCCCACCUCCUCCAUCCGUCACACGCUACGCAUUCUUUCGGGGAUUUCCUUCAAUCCGCUACCGGCCCGAUACAACGAACGACGACGAGAAGAAAGUGCCUUCGGAGAGCCUGGAACUUAACCGCGUCUACGUCAGCGCAGCAGGUGUGUCCCUGUCCAGAGCCUGUGCGAGUGCAAUGGCACCAGGAGGAGACGCCGAUCGUGCCUGCAGCGAGUACUGCAAUAACUACAGCUACGAGCUGAGCAAUUGUCGUGUUAGUUAAGGUGAAGCCGGCAAAGGAAAAGGAAUCGUAGACGAUGGUGAUUCUUCAACCUCUGUCACUUUCUGCACAGGUCAGAAUCAAUGAUGAAAAUGUAAAUAUUCAUAAGAUCAUAUAGUUGGUUGACGGUGAGUCGAAGCGUGCGUAGUUCUAUUUUGUAGCAUUCAACACACCUCGACCUCUCGCACUUUUGCGCUAAGACGGGACUUCGACUUCUCAUGUUCUCCUGGGGGCGAAUAAAAUUAAAGUAUACACCUGUUUCGCCCGGCGCUGAUAAUUUCAAGGUCAUGUUCAUGCAGAAACAAAGAUCUAAUUCUAAAUCAAGAUCAUCAUCACCUGAAAUCAUGAUUUCUCUGCACCGCGAGUACGCCAGCUGCUCAAGAACAAGAUCGCCAAUGCGAUCAGCAUGUAUAUCGGAAUGUGAGAUCUGCACCAGUUCGGUGAAUCAUGGCAGCAGGAUCUGGAUUUUCUUUUCUAUCCAUGGUUAAUCUCGAAAUUUUGAAGAGGAUCCAAACGCAAACAGAAACAGUUCAAGGAGCAAUGAUACUAGCCACGUACGCUCCGCCUGUAGCAAUGUGCGUCGAAGUUCAAUUAUUCCGCUAGAUCGAAAAGCAAAAAGAAAAAGUAGCUCAAGGGGCCGAGGCUGAUUCUCCAGGCCGGCGUGGCGCAGGCAGACCUCCCAGCCGGGGCCCGUCUGUCAGACCUGCCUGCCUUGGUCGCUCGCCGGGACCGGGAUCGCCGGGCGGGACCGGGACCGCCGGCGAUCUGAAACUGCAGCGCAGCACGCCACCCGAAGGCGCACGCGUCUGCCUCCUGUUCCACUCGAUGGAUGCAGCAGGCACUGAGUGCCAAAAUCGAUUUGCUUAAGAUUGUUUGCUUCCCGCAAGCUGUUCAAGCCUUUGAGAGCCUGGGGCGUCGUUCUUCCUUCCAGCGCUGGACACGCUUACUUAGUUCAGCCAGCUUUAGCGACCUUGCCUGCUAUUUUUGCUGCUUCUGCAAUUCAAAAGCUUCCCAAGUUCUGCUGCUGGGCCUCACCUUCAAGCUUUGCCUUUUCUUUCGCUUUCACUUGUAGCUUUUGCUUUUUUACUUUUAGCUUUGGCUAGUGCCCUCGCUUUUACUUUUAGCUUGUACUUUUACUUUUAGUGCUUACCUUCAGUCUUCG